AUGCGCUCAAUCGGCAGCAUCAUUGCCGGGCUGUGCGUUGUCGGUCUCGCCGUCGCCGCUCCGCCCCCGAGUCCCGGCCGGCCGCCCCAGAUCUUGACCUGUCAUGGGCCUGUCACGACGAGCGGCGGCACUGGCCGAGUGUCGUUGGCCCCGCCCGUGCCCUCGUCGUCGCCGACUGGACGUGCUGAUUGCGCCCCUGGGGGCAAAUGCGACUGCACCAGGAUUGUGCACAAGAAUAGCGAGGAGUAUUUCCAGUGUGUGACCGAUCCCGAUUGCGAGAAAUGCCGGGCCGAGGCCUCCACUCGGAUCUCGAGGGCCACGUCGAGAAGCACCGCUUCUCCCUCCUUUUCCAACACGACGACCGACUAUCGCACCGUGACCCCUGGGACGUACACGGUGACGGCCUCGAACGUCGUCUCGGUCAUUGUCGUGCCGGUGCCGCCGGAGCGCACGCCCGAACCAGCCACGCCACCAUUGUCGUCUCCUUCGGCGUCGCUGCAUGUCGUCACCAUCGUCGAGACGACCGUCGUGACGGUAGGGCCCACGCCGAUGCCAACGACGGCGGCAGAGUCUGCCCCGGCCACGGUGUCGUCGUCCGAGGAUGCGGGAGCGACGACGGUACAGGAUGAGGCAAAGUGUCCGGCCGUUUGUAACUGUGUCAAGAUCAAGGACAAGAAAAGCCCCGACCCGCCGCCCAAGAGCAGCAGCACCUCGACGGCAACGACGACGUCCCCGGCCAAGCCCAAGCCGUCAUGCCCAGACUACUGUGACUGCUCCAAGAUCAAGGACAAGCAGAGUGACGAAUAUUUCCAGUGUACUACGAAUCCCAACUGUGAGAAGUGCCGGGGGGGCAGAAGGUGA